ACACAGGAAGUGUGGAAUCGGCUAUUUCCACUUGACAAAUACAUCGUAAUUUUAAUUUAGUAGAAAAUAUACUAAAAGGAGGAAGACUAGGUCGAAUUUCUCAAAGCAAAAUUUAGUUUCUUGGUGAUAAAGAGUGCUGUGAUUAUAAAUUUUAAAAAAUAAUAAUUUUAUACAAUUUUAUUUGGCAUUAUAAUUUAAAGUAAAAUGCCGGAAAAUACUUUACAGAAUGGGGAUAAACACUUUACUAGAGUUUGGUGCGAUGGAUGUUAUGACAUGGUACAUUUCGGACACGCAAAUUCCUUGCGUCAAGCGAAGGCAUUGGGCGAUCGCCUUGUGGUAGGUAUCCACACGGACGAAGAAAUAAUGAAACACAAGGGACCCCCAGUAUUCACUGCAGAGGAACGCUACAAGAUGGUCCGAGGUAUCAAAUGGGUGGACGAAGUUGUGGAAGGAGCUCCUUAUGUAACGACGUUGGAAACUUUGGAUAAAUAUGACUGUGAUUUUUGUGUACAUGGUGAUGACAUUACGUUGACCGCUGAUGGGGUGGAUACUUAUCACUUGGUUAAAGAAGCGGGUAGAUAUAGGGAAGUCCAACGGACAGCAGGCGUCUCCACGACGGAUUUGGUAGGUCGGAUGCUAUUACUAACGAGGAACCAUUUUAAACAAGGUCAGUAUGAGUACGAUGUCGCUCGGGAACAUUCUUCUUCUAUGGGCCAGGACUCAUUCGCUAGAUCUCCUUGGACAGGUUGUUCGCAGUUUUUGCCGACUACACAGAAGAUUAUCCAGUUUUCAGAUGGAAAAUCUCCGAAACCCGGCGAUAAGAUUAUCUACGUUGCUGGAGCUUUCGAUCUCUUCCACGUCGGUCAUCUGGACUUCUUGGAAAAAGCCAAAGAGCAGGGCGACUACAUAAUAGUCGGACUUCAUACAGAUCCAGUCGUCAACAGAUAUAAGGGCACCAAUUAUCCAAUAAUGAACCUACACGAAAGGGUACUCAGUGUCCUUGCGUGCAAGUACGUUUCCGAAGUGGUAAUUGGUGCUCCCUAUACCGUUACAAAGGAUUUGAUGGAACAUUUCAAAGUCGACGUAGUGAUACAUGGAGAUACAUCUGUUAUGAUGGACGUGGAUGGGAGUGAUCCGUACGAAUAUCCUAAAUCGCUUGGUAAAUUCGUGAGUGUAAAGUCCGGCAACGACAUGACUACGGAGAGAAUCGUAGAAAGAAUAAUCAGAAAUAGAUUGCAGUUCGAAGACAGAAACUCUAAGAAAGAAUUAAAGGAAUUAGAAGUACUUAAAAAAAUGGAAGAGCUCGAGAUAAAACAAAACGGUAUAACAGCAAAUGCGUCGUAAUGCUUUUAAAAUUUUAAUGGUAUGAUCAUUUACAUUCUACAUUAUUACCUCCUUUUUGUAUAUUUGUUUUUGUUUAGUUUCUGUUUGUACCAGUGUAGAAACAAAUAUUUUUCUUAUAACAAAAUUAUGGCUUGUACAAUUGCUUAUAUACCAUGGCAACAUUUGGAAACUGGUAUAAAUAGUAGACAAUUAAGUCAACGAAAUUUUAAGAGGUAUUAGUUCUAUAAUAUUGAGUAACUUUUAAAUCUAUGAUGGAACAACUAAACAUUAUAACAGUAAGUAAAGAAAUGGAUCCAUAUGUAUGGAGUGAGUACUGUAUACCAAAGAGAAAAAUGAAAUGAAAAGCAAAGCAGGAUGUUAGAUAUGUCUUUUUCGUUACCCAACAGACACCUAUAUCAGAAGUCAAACAGUGCAAAUAAUAUUAAUCAGAUACUAUCGUUUGGCAAGGUGAUUGACAGACAGGUGAACAGACAAGACAUACUUUGACAGGAACACUAUAUAGAUAAGGCGAAAACGGCGGGUUCGUUGGAAAAAAUAUUCACAUGAGAUUUUUAUGCAUAAUCACAUUUGUAAUACACCCCAGAAUAAGGUUCAAGAAGUUGCCCACGAGAAAAGUGGUCCAAAUUUUUUUAGUUUUUUUUAAUCAAAUUGCAAAAAUUAUUAUUUUUAGUCUGAACAAAUUUUUUUUAGGUUUUUUAGACCAUUCUGGACAAGAAAGGUCUUUUGUAAUUUUUCGUUUAAGUUGAUGGUUUUCGAGUGAUAAGCAAUUUAAAAUUUCAAAAACGCAAAAAUGGCCAUUUUUAAGACUUAACUCGGUUAAAAAUUAUUAUUAUGAAAGUCAGAAAGUGACUAAAUCAAAGUUUAAAGCCCCCCUACAUGAUCCUGAAGAAAUUUGUGUCAUUAAUUUCAUCUUGUAGGAGGGGUUUUAAAACUUUGAUUUAGUCACUUUCUGACUUUCAUAAUAAUAACUUUUAACCAAUUUAUUAAGCCUCAAAAAUCGCCAUUUUUCGUUUUUUUUCAAUUUUAAAUUGUUUAUAACGUGAAAACGAUCAACUUUAGAGAAACAUUACAAGAGAUCUUUUUUGUCCAGAAUGGUCCAAAAAACCUAACAAAAAUUUGUACGGGCCAAGAAUAUUGAUUUUUGCAAUUUGAUUAAAAAAAAUUUUUAAAAAAAAAUUGGACCACUUUUCACGUGGGCGACUUCUUGAACCUUAUUCUGGGAUGUCUCACGAAUGUGAUUAUGCAAACAAAUCUCAUGGGAAUAUUUUUUCUAACGAUCCCCGCCGUUUUUGCCUUGUCUAAUAAUUCCAAAACAAUGUUAUCUACAAUAUUUGAUUUCUUUAGGAAAUUAUCAAUAUUUAGCUAUCAGAUGAUUAAUAUAUGUGAUACUAUAUAAUAUUUAAGUAAUAAAAUAUAGUAUAUUUGUCAGGUAAACUAUUUCUAUACAUUGUGUAUCGGAUCUUGUACUGCUACUAUUGUGUAAUAGAAGUAGUUCUAUUUUUAGAUCUAUAAGCCAUGCAUAAUUUAGCAAACAUUGAAACACAUACAAAAAUUAUAUAGUUAUUUAUAUAAGAGAUUCAUUUAAGGAACAUGGUGAAUAGACUAAGUAGGCUUUAUUUUAAAGGCUUUAUUUGAUUGUAAGGAGUAACAGAAUUUCCUAUAUUCAAUUUUAGCAUAAGAUAUGUUUUAAUAUUUAUAUUGUUGGCCAAAAUAUAUUUUCUUCUUGAGAAUUUUACACAUGAACGUAAACACUGCACGAUUUGGACAAAGUCCUAAGAUGACUUUCAAAAGUUUCGUCACAGUGUCAUAAUUUCUAUUUCCCCCCUCAAUUUUAGCUUCCAAGAGAUGACUUGUCCACUCUAAAAUAAAGAAGCAUAUUAUUAUAUUAUCGGUUGUGGUGUGAUGCACGAAUAGUCCAAGAGGCAGCGUUGAAAAAUCUCUUUGAAUUUACUAAAGCUAGAUUUUUCACAGUUGAUUACUGUGAUUGUGUAGAGAAACAUACUGCGGUCGGUCAAGCUAAACGUAGAACAGGGGUUACUGAGAGGGUAUCGAAAGUUGCUUUCAUACGAAGGUAAUUAAAUCCAUUUACUAAGGCUAAAAAUCAGUACACACAUUCUAAAUUAAAUAUAAAUAAAAGUUAUUAUAGUCGGUCAGUUGUAUGACGGGACAGAGCCGGUCGAUCGACCCCAGUGAAUGUACAGGGUUAUUAACUAUAUUUUGACCCCCUUGUAAACUGCUUUAUUUACAGAAUUAGAAAAAAAUGUAAAAUACAAAAGUUAUUCGAUUUUUAAAUUAUGAUUUUUUGACAUAUAUAUCGUAUUAGUGACGUCAUCCAUCUGGACGUGAUGACGUAAUCGACUAUUUUUUUAAAUGGGAAUAGGGGUCGAGUGCUAGCUCAUUUGAAAGUUUAUUCAAUUUCCUAUUCAGUAAUAUAAACAUUUACAUGAUUAAUUAUACAGGGUGUCCAAAAUUUUUUUUUUAAUUUAAUUAAUUGUUUAAAUAAUAAUUCAAAAUUUUUUUGGACACCCUGUAUAAAUAAUGAUCUUAAUGUUUAUAGUACUGUAUAGAGAAUUGAAUAACCUUUCAAAUGAGCUAGCACACGACCCCUAUUCUCAUUUAAAAAAAUAGUCGAUUACGUCAUCACGCUCAGAUGGAUGACGUCACUAGUACGAUAUACAUGUCAAAAAAUCAUAAUUAAAAAAUCAAAUAACUUUUGUAUUUUACAUUUUUUUCUAAUUCUGUAAAUAAAGCAGUUUACAAGGGGGUCAAAAUAUAGUGAAUAACCCUGUACAUUCAUUGGGGCCGACCGACCCGCUCUGUCCCGUCAUACAGCUGACCGACUAUAAUAACUUUUAUUUAUAUUCAAUUUAGAAUGUGUGUACUGAUUGUCAGCCUUAGUAAAUGGAUUUAAUUACCUCCGUAGGAAAGCAACUUUGAUACCCUCUCAGUAACCCCUGUUCUACGUUUCGCUUGACCGACCGCAGUAUGUUUCUCUACACACUCACAGUAAUCAACUGUGAAAAAUCUAGCUUUAGUAAAUUCAAAGAGAUUUUUCAGCGCUGCCUCUCCGUCUAGAAUGGCAUAUUCGUGCAUAAGAUUUCUGGACUUCUUCGAAUGAGAAGCUCGGAGUUCGUUCAGUGGCGUAUAUGUCGAGCUUUCCGCAGUUUCUACAAGACUUGUGUCCGCCGAUAUUUUAUUUCCUUGAUUUACUUAACUAAUGCCUUUUUAAAAUCUGCGCAACAAAACUUUACCACUUAUUUUAUUUAUUUAUCAAAUAAAUAAUUACUCUUCGAUUAGAUUGACAAGUUAAUCUCGCUUUAAAUAUCUAUAACAAAGAAGAUUCGUCAGUUUAAUUUUAAAUUAUCAAAAUUGUAACGAAACACGUAUCCAAUAAAUUUUAUUUGACGAAUAACUAUUCACCGAUUUAUUUGUUGUUUGAUUUGUGUGUUUGCCCUAAUUUGUGUAUGAUUAAACAUGGGCCAAUUUUCAAAAUAAAAUGCACAAAAAUGUUCUUUGUCUAUCUUAUCUCAAUGGGGAAUUCAAUGCUAAAUCGCGUAUGUUCAGUUCAAAUUUUGAGCCUGUGUAUACAGUAAUGAGCACGCUAAUAACCGGCAAAAUAACGCAAAAGAUGGAAAACAUAAUACAUUGUGAAAUAAAAAGAGAUGACACUAGUAGAGGUGGAAAUUAUCGAUAUAAACGUAUAAAUUAACAUUAAAUUACUUAGUUUUUCACCUUUAGACGUAUCGGAGGAGUAUGACUGUCACUGUGACAGGAGAAUUUAUGUAAUGUUAAUGUAAUGUUAAUUUAUACAUUUAUAUCGAUAAUUUCCAUCUCUACUAGUUUCAUCACUUUUUAUUUCACAAUGUAUUAUGUUUUCCAUCUUUUGCCUUAUUUUGCCGGUUAUUAGCGCGAUCAUCUGUAUAUUCUUUUUCUCAUAAGCAUCUUUCAGUGCGUCACAGUUUUUCGAUUUCUUUCUAACGCAUUAAAUUGUAUGUGACAGAGAAAUGGCACGUCGGUGAUUACAGACAUUUAUAACAUUUAUUCUAGUUGUCGAUAGAUGGCGCUAUAAUCGAAAAAAAAAAUUAUUUACUAAUUAUACAGUCGGAAAAAUGAAAGAAUACCCAUGAACGAUCACAUAAAUCACAUAUUAUUCAGAUUAUUAAUAAUCUAUCUCUCUCGUUUGUUAUUUAUGAAAAAAAGCAAAUGCAAAAUAUGUGAUUGAUGUAAUCGUUCAUGGGUAUUCUUUCAUUUUUCCGACUGUAUGAUAUAUCUACGAAUAUUAUCUGUACAAUUUAAAAGACUAUACAAAUCAAAGAAAAUACCAUUUUAUAAAAAUGCAAUAAACACAAUUGAUUUGUUUUUAUGCCAAAUGGCAAAUCAAAUGUGACAACUGUCAGAUUUAACUAAAAUGUUAUGUUAAAAUAAAUGUCAUAAAUGUGUAUUAUCACGGACUUACCUUUUUUUCUAUCAUUUGUGACGCACUGAAAAAUGCUCAUGAAAAGGACCAUACCUGACAUAAUAAACAUGUAUUCUAAAUAAUUUAUUUUUUAUAUUAAUAUAUUUUUGCUUGAAAGUUUAGAUUAUUAGAUUAUGGAAUUAAAAAUAUAUUUGAGCAACUCUUUUUAGCUCCAUUUAUUAGAAAAUCUGUUACUCCUUAUUAUUUAUAACUUCACUGAUUUUUUAUUUAAAAUUUGAUCUCAAUUUUUAUCAAAAAUGAAAGAUUACUGGCUUUAAAACCAUUAGAUUAUUUUUUCUAAACAAAGUACAUUUCUCAUUUACUAUAUCGUAAGAAACGCAAUUUUGAGAAGAAAUGCAAUUUUGAUCACGCUUACUAAAAUGUUUUAAAAUAAUUAAUGAAAAUGCUUGAAGUUGAUGUUGAUAAGUGUAUGAGAAAUGUAGAAAUCCUAAUUUACUUUGUUAUAUUUAAUACAGGGCUUUCUGAAACAGAAAACAAGAUACGGAAUAUAUUUUUUAUUUUUUUCUUCCCCGCUAGAUAUCCUGUAUCAGAUGGACAUGUUGUUGCUGAAUAUAAGAAGUGUUAAAAAUUAAAAAGGAUUGUAGUUUUGAUAUACAGUACGUAAAUCGUUCAGAUGGACGUAGGUAAUAUACAUUGAGAUAAUUGUGGCAACUGCGCUAACCUGUGUUAGUUGAAGCUUCUGUUCGAGUACGUGUAUCUGGUGCAAUACAGCUGUUAGAACGAAUAGAAUGAGUGGGUCUGCAAGCAAGUCUGUCCAUAAAUAAAUCAAAACAAAGAUUAUGAUUAUUAAGUUAAUAAUUUUACUUUAAUUUUUAAAAUUUCCUUAGGCCAAAAAUGUUUAGCUACUACACACUACCACAUUGUCAGAUUUUGACGUUUAUUUGUGUAAGUUGAAAUGAAUGAUCAAUUUUGAGGUUACAUACCUACAUAAUCGAUUGCCUCUUUUACCAAUAGGUGUCGAGGUUAAGAAUUUUGAGGUUAAUGCCCCUUAAUAUUAACAACCAUAUUGUCAUCGAGACAGCGCAGUUGCUACAAUUAUCUCAAUAUAUGUCCAGCUGAACGAUUUACGAUAUGAUAAAAAAUACUUUAUUGAAAAUUUAUCAUCAUCUUUAAAUAUAGUUAAAUUUAAACAACCUUUUUUCUAAUGAUUUCAUUUUAAUUUUAAUCUGAAAAAUUGAUACUUUCUCAAAACUGAUUAUAUAAAUUCAAGUUUUGUUUAAUUGUAACAAAAUGUAUCGUUAAAUGUAUUGUUAUAUGUAACAAAAUUUCAUGUGAUAUCUGGUCUUUAACAUGUAAAAGUUUUUCUGUAUUUUUACACAUUAAUUUUUGAUGUACCAUUUUUUUAGUGCUAAGACUUUUGGAUAGCCUUGUAUUAACACUGUUUCCUUAUGCCCCACUUUUAGGACCCUGAGGCGUGUACAUGUUUUAUGAAGCUUUCUAUUUUUACUAUGUCUUACUGUUUUGCCUAGAUUUUACAUUAACACAAAGUUGUACAUUUGGACUUUGUUGAAAUAAUGUACCUAAUUUUUAUAUUUUGUUUAUACUUUGUAACAUUUAGUGUUUUUAUUUAUUCAGUUGUAUAUUAGAAAUUAUAAAUAUAAAAUAUAUUGUUAUUA